ACAGCAGCAGCAGCCUUGGUAUAAGGUCGGCGGUGAAGGGGAUCGGCUCACAGAAUCAGACCGAAGAUGGGUGUUAAAGGCCUGGCUACGUUGCUGGACAGUCACCGGGAGAUCUACCGGGACGUCCGGUUCAGACAGAGGCGGCUGGUGAUCGACGGCUGCAACCUGAUUUACCAGCUGUACUUCCAAUCAGGUCUGGACCAGAAUCAUGGUGGGGAGUAUGCUGCUUUUGAGGAGCUGAUUGAGAAGUUCAUCAAAGCCCUCAGAGAGUGUUUGAUCACGCCGUACGUGGUCAUGGAUGGAGGCACCGACCAAACGGACAAAAAACUUGAAACUCUGACCCAAAGAGCCAAGGACCGAGCCAGGAGAGCCCAUCAAGCGAUGGUCAGCGGCAGGCAGGAGAACAUUCUGCCACAGAUGUUCAAGCUGGUGUUCAAACAGACGCUGACCCGGCUCCAGAUCCCGCUGGCUCAGUGCUUUGGAGAGGCCGAUCAGGAGAUUGCCGCCCUGGCCAACGAGUGGGAGUGCCCGGUUCUCUCCAACGACAGCGACUUCUACAUCUUCGACCUCCCGGCGGGGCUGCUGCCCAUCUCGCAUUUCCAGUGGCAGGCGGUGAAGAAGAGUGGCUCGCAGAGCUACAUCCCCUGUAAGAGCUACAACGCCUCCAGCUUCUGUACGCUCUUCAACAUCCAGCGCCAGCUCCUGCCCAUCUUCGCCGCCUUGGCUGGAAAUGAUUACGUGAAGCUACAGAAGAUGGAAUCGUCCAUCAGCUGGGCUCAGUUCUCCCGGGAAAGCAGUGGGACACCAGGCCACCACCUGGAGGGGCUGAUCGGCUGGCUGAGGGGCUUCCAGCAGCCUCAGGAGGCCUUGGAGGCGGUGCUGGGGCUGCUGGGAGGGCUGAACAAGAAGAAAAAAGAGGAGGUGCUGCAAGGCAUGAAUGUAGGGAUAGAGGAGUACAAGAUUCCUCCCAGCUCCCUGAAGAGGUUCUUCAUUCAUGGGAUAGCGCCUCCAUUCCCUGCAGAGGAAAAAGUGGCAGGUCUCGUCCCAGACUGGGCCCGGCUGCCGCUGACGCAGGCCCAGCUCACUCCUGAUGUGCUGGAUGUGCUGCUGCUGCAGAGGAUGCCCCUCGGCUUCCCCGUGGACCACGCUGACUUCCCCAGCUCCAACCUGAUCUCCAGGCCGCUCCGCCAGGUGAUGUACGGGCUGCUGCUGGGCAGACGGGGGGCGCUCCAGGUGGAGGAGCGAGACAGGGACGGCCUCCAGCUGAAAUUUAUCAAAGUCAAACCUGUCUUCACACCGGUCACUCAGCGUCUGAAGCUCAACUUGCUGGAUAAGGUGGAGCCCUCUCAGCGUCUGCAGGUGUUACUGGAGGCUCUGGGGGUGACUGAGGCUUCGCUGAGCCACCUGCCGCCUCAGCUGCGCCUCCCAGUGGCCGCCACCUGCUUCUGGCUGCAGAAUGCUCAACCUCCCCUGGAUGAGAGUCAGCUGAAGGCUCUGCUGCUGGGACUCAGCAACGGAGACGCACUGAGGCACAGAGCAGGUCUGCAGACAACAAAUCAAGUCUUUAAGGAAAGGGUGGAUGUGGGCGUGGCUCAUGCGUUUAACGAGUGGCAGGCCUGCCUGAAGAACAGCAUCCACCUGAACCAGCUGCUGGGCUUCCCCUUAGCUGAACCACAAGUCUCUCAGUUAUAUGAGGGGACGCUGAUCCACCAGAUGGUCCACAGGAUGAGGACUGGAGGUAAACUGAGGCUGAAGAGCGAUCCCUCCAGUGUGAAACUGUAUCAGUCCAUGUUGGCAGUCGUCCACCAGUUUCAUCCUAAGGUAGCGUCAACGCCACAGCGGCAGCAUCUGGACGACCUGACCACCAACCUGCAGCAGCUGUUCCUCCUGCACGAGUAUGACGAGGAGACCCCGACGGAAAUCAGCAGCGUGGCCAAAGUUCAAUUGGAUCUACAUCUGGAUGACUUGUUGUCAAUAAAAACUCGUUACAGAGCGAAGGAGAGAAACAACCGGUGCAAAAACCCAGAACUGGCCCGCAAAGCAGAGUGCAGGGGCCAGGACCUCCUCUGAUAGCUGUCCAGCUCCAAGUCCACUUUAUGGACCAGAAGCAAACUGGUGCUGCUGUUUUUGCCAUAAUGUGUUGUUUUGUAUUCUGUCAUCUUACCAGUUUUAGCGUAACCUGUUAAAAGGGGCUUUCAUUCAUUUUUGGCUACUUGACCCAAAAAAGUAGCUGUUUGCUAACAAGGGUCCCUCCUUUCCCCUUCCGCCCCAUGGGACAGUAUUUCGUAACAAAAUAUGUACCGUAGUUGACGGUGAGAGACAGCUUAUGUUUUGAUCCCAUUUGAAUUGUGUCCUGAACCACACACACGAUGUUUGUCAGUUUAAAAGAUAAUUUAAGUCAAGAAAGUCGCAGUUUGUCGUCAAACAGUUAACUUAACUAUGUUCCACACACAGAUGAUUCUCAACUGAUGUGUUUAAUCCAACAACUCCUGGUCCUUUUAACAUCAUCUACACAUGGAAGCUCUUUGACGUUAGCUUCAGUAACAUUGGUAAGAUCCCAUGGUGGUCCACAGAAAAGGGAGGGGCCCAAGUCUCUUUAUGAAGUUUUUAGCUGUUUGCUAAUAUGCGAUAUCUAAAGUAGUUUACAAACUAGUUUAAAAUCCAGAUCAAUAUUCCCUCUGUUUGUAGCUAUGAAGGGAAAUUCUGUAUAAAAGGUCUGAUUGUUUGUCCUCUGCUGGGGGCCGACACUUAUUUUCUCUGACUGAAGCUUGAAGAAGAUUUGGAUUUUAUCUCAAUUCUAUUUUUUUUUUUUUUUAACUUAUACAGGCACUUUUAACUUUUAAAUGUUUUAAUAUUUUGUAAACUUCUUUGCUAAUCAGAGACCGAUUUUUUAAAUGCAAACAAAAUUUGUAAAAUGAAAAGUUUCAGUAUUUGUCAGUGUUUAUUUUGUACAUGUGUAUUUUAACUAAAUGGGAGGUAAGAAUGAAGGAAUACAAAUAAGGAAAUCUCUUGUUUUAUGGUGUAAAAUUAUAUUUUUUAAAUGAAGGAUUAAACUCUUCUCUGCUACUCAAACUGCCUCUGAAUAUGAGUUGCGAAUAAAAACAAAGUGAAAGUUU